AUGGGGCCCCCGGGCAAUAGGGGAUCAUGAGGCCCCUGUGUCCUCGCCUACACUCAAACCACACCCAAAAAGCCUAUGAAAGGUACCAGGGGCAUCUCAUGGGGCCCCCUACUGACCCCCGGGCCCUCAGGCAGUGCCCGAGUUUCCAAAUGGUCAGUCCGCCCCUGGUUUUGUUAUUUCUAUUUGGUAAGAACUCAAAAAAAAACCUGUUGAUCCUGCCAUAAAUGCAGCCAUCUAUUAAAUUCCUGUUGCCUCUGCAUGUGCCAAAUCUCAAGCAGUGUUUUGCCUGACCACUUGAGUUCUUU